AUGGCCUGGCCUGGACAGCAAAGGAUAACGGACUCACCAAAGAGGGAUGGAGGCUUGGGCAACUCACAAAAAGGAGAAGUUCGAUUUCUGCAAACGAGUCGAAUGGAGAUUGAUCGCAUAAGCACUGAUCAAUUUGGGAAUCGCAUGAUUCCUGCUGCAGGCUUCGAAGGCUGGAUCUUGAGAAAUCAAGAUGUACUGAGGCAAAUCUUUCAGUUGUCAGGAAUGACUAGAUGCCUCUCGGCUGGCAUGCACAAUGUACAGCGAGCUUCGCAGACUGUGGUGGGGGACUUUCUCAGCGUGCAGAUUGCCACGCUGAGAGAUCCCCUGCAUCCGUCGGUGAUGGAAGGGCACCGGGACUUCCGGACCAAGGACUUCGUUUGGAGCCGGCCUCCGACAGAUUACAGAGCGAGCAACUGGUACAUCGAAAACCAUUGGGCUCUCCAUCGCCUGCGCAAGAGCGACUCUGAGCCGGCAAAGGCGAACCAGCCGUGGACCAGCAGUGCUCAAUUCCAAGCUUGCUGCGUCGGAGGUGUCGGUGGCGGCAGGAAAGGUCGCAACAAAGGCUCCUACGAGGAUGACUUCGUUCAUCAAGGCAAGUACGUUCCCCCAGAGUUUGGCCUUUCCCAGUCGGACGUCACGAAGGAAGCCGAGGAGAUUAUCAAGCAAAAGGCCCUUGAGAGGAAGUGA